AAGAGAAAGAAAUUGAAAUUGAAAUUAAAAGCAAAUAAAUUCAAUUCUGCGGCAAUUGUGGCAGUUUAUGCCGUUAUGUGCGCGUGUGUAUGUGUGUGUUUUAUAAUUGUUAAUAUGUGUAACUCGCAAAGUUGCUGCUAAAUUAACUGCAAAGCAUUAAAUAACUAAAACGCGCCAAAAAGUUUUAACGCUCAUAAAAAUUUUGCAAAAAUGUUGCUGCUCUGUCUGCUGCUGCUGCUGCCGGCGCUGCUGCAGGCAAAUCAACGCUUUGAUCAGACACCGUUAGAUGCAAGCGCAUAUUAUAGCAGCGGUUUGGCCGAACUGGGCGGCACCUCAGCCAGCAGCGCUGCCGGCGCCGCCGCCGAUGGCUUUCCGCAUCACAAUCGCUGCGAGGCCAUCACCAUCUCCAUAUGCAAAAACAUUCCAUACAACAUGACUAUAAUGCCCAAUCUGAUUGGCCAUACCAAGCAGGAGGAAGCGGGUCUCGAAGUGCAUCAGUUUGCGCCGCUGGUGAAGAUUGGCUGCAGUGCGGACCUGCAGCUAUUUCUGUGCUCGCUUUACGUGCCCGUUUGCACUAUACUGGAGCGUCCAAUACCGCCGUGUCGCUCGCUCUGCGAAUCCGCGCGCGUCUGCGAGCAUUUGAUGAAAACCUACAACUUUAACUGGCCCGAGAAUCUCGAGUGCUCCAAGUUUCCAGUGCAUGGCGGCGAGGAUUUGUGUGUAGCGGAGAAUACAACCUCAGCGGCGUCGACGCCCGCGCCCACGCGUGUGGCACCCAAAGUAACCACCAGAAAACAUCAGAUCAGCGUCGAUAGUCCACAUCGCAAUAUUGGAUUCGUUUGUCCGGUACAGCUCAAAACGCCGCUGGGCAUGGGCUAUGAGCUAAAAGUUGGCGGCAAGGAUCUUCAUGAUUGUGGCGCACCCUGUCAUGCGAUGUUCUUUCCGGAGCGAGAGCGCACCGUGUUGCGCUACUGGGUUGGCUCCUGGGCGGCCGUCUGUGUGGCCAGUUGUCUCUUUACGGUGCUCACAUUCCUGAUAGACUCAUCGCGUUUUCGUUAUCCGGAGCGUGCGAUUGUCUUUCUGGCCAUUUGCUAUCUUGUUGUUGGCUGCGCCUAUGUGGCUGGACUUGGUGCGGGCGAUUCGGUGUCGUGCCGCGAGCCAUUUCCGCCGCCAGUUAAGCUGGGGCGACUGCAGAUGAUGUCCACCAUAACGCAGGGUCAUCGGCAAACCACCGCCUGCACCGUAUUAUUCAUGGCAUUGUAUUUCUGCUGCAUGGCCGCCUUUGCUUGGUGGUCAUGUUUGGCUUUCGCCUGGUUUCUGGCCGCCGGCCUCAAAUGGGGCCACGAGGCAAUUGAAAAUAAAUCCCAUUUAUUUCAUUUGGUUGCCUGGGCGGUGCCCGCACUCCAAACUAUAUCCGUGCUGGCACUAGCUAAAGUUGAAGUGUGCAGCCCUGUUGCAGUUGCAGCUGCCAGCGGCAAGUUUGGCACCCGCGAACUCCUUGUGGCGUCGGCCUUUGCCUAUGCCAAAAUGCAUCGCCAGCAUCGCCAAGAUGUCUCGGCAGCGGUAAACUGCCUGCCAGGCCUGAGUUCCAGUCCCAGUCCCAGAGCCAGAGCCAGCUUCAUGUCUGGCGUUGGCAAUCUGAGUUCGUGGCACAGCCACGUCAAUCGCUGA